GCGCGCGCGCACAGCUUGCCACUGGGAGAGAGGAGGGAGCGAUUCCGAUCUGGUCGCUGGAAAGCCGGAGAAUUUUGAACUAGUCUAUUUUUGAACCCAGCCUCAGAAGUGCUCCGGGGCUGUGUUCCAUGGUCUGUCCGAGCUUCGAAAUGAAUAACGCGGCUGGAGCUCGCCUAUAUUCGCCGGCUCUCUGUCACAUGCACGGCUAGCAGCCAUAGCCGAAGGUUCAAAUUAUUCCUCAACUGUAGUUGCUUUCGCCGCUAUUUUUGUAUGUCACACUCCGUCGUCUUGCUGUUGAAAAUGUCUUGAGUCGGAACACUGACAGAGAAUAUGACAGACUACCGGGAGGAUGGUAUGGACCUGGGCAGCGACGCGUCGUCCAGCCGCUCGCCCAGCUCCGAGUCCAACUCCACCAAGGUGACGCCGUGCUCCCCCAGCCUGGACCUGACGCCGCUGGAGGACUACGAGGCGGACGAGGACUACCAGGAGUACAAGAAGAAGGUCCUCGAGGAGUGGGAGAGCGAGUACGGCGAGGACGGCGCCAACGCCACCAACGCCGGGGACGGGGACGAGUACGACGGCGCCAACGAGUCCGACCUCGCCAACAACACCGGGACGGUCGUUAGAGGUGGUGGCGGUGGAAUUUUCCGGAAGGCGGUGAACAGCAGGAGUCUCGCCGAGGAGCUGCAGGAUGUUAAGACCCCGCCGCCGCCGCUGACCGCGGGCCCCACCGCCACGCGGGCGGCCAUCGUGCCCGAGGAGCUGAAGCAGAACGGCAACCUGAUCCUGCCCAGCACGCACCACCUCCGCUCACCCCCGAGCGCCACCAGCGCCACCAGUGCCACCGCCACAGCCAAGACGACUGCUGCUGCUGCUGCUGCUGCUGCUAACGCCCGGCUCGCCAGCUCACAGCGGACGACCAGCGGCGGGCACGGCGGCGGCGGAGGGCUGGCGAGCAGUGGCAUCGGCAGCGGUGGUGGCAGCGGCGGUGGUGGCAGCGGUGGCUUUGGCGUUGUCGGGGGUUACGGUGUCAGCGGUGGUGGUUUGGGGACAGGGACUUACGGAGGUGGUCACCACCACUACCACCACCACCAGCAGCAGCGUACGGUGGUCACGGGAGGAGGAGGAGGAGGAGGACUGGGGACUGGAGCAGGGACUGGUACCGGUAGUGGAGGAGUAGGAGGGAUUGGAGGCUACCGGGACGAGUGCUACGUGGAGGAGAAUCAGCUGCCCACUAUGGACUGGGCCACGCUGGAGAAACACCUGGCGGGACUGCAGUGCCGAGAGCAGGAGAACCACAACCAGAACCAGGCCCUGGGCCGGACCAAGUCCACAUCCGCCCAGAAGAAUGAGAGGGAGUCUAUUCGGCAGAAGCUGGCUCUGGGCAGUUUCUUCGACGAUGGGCCCGGGAUAUACACCAGCUGCAGCAAGAGCGGCAAGCCCAGCCUCUCCUCACGACUGCAGAGUGGGAUGAACCUCCAGAUCUGCUUUGUGAACGACAGCAGCAGCGACAAGGACAGCGAUGCCGACGACAGCAAGACAGAGACCAGCCUGGACACACCACUCUCCCCUAUGAGCAAGCAGAGCUCAUCCUACUCGGACCGUGACACGGCAGAGGAGGACUCGGAGUCUGUGGAGGACCUGGACUUUGUGAGCCGCCAGCGGAAGCUGCAGGCGGAGGCCAAGCUGGCCCUGGCGAUGGCCAAACCCAUGGCCAAGAUGCAGGUGGAGGUGGAGAAGCAGAACCGCAAAAAGUCCCCCGUCGCAGACCUGUUGCCCCAUAUGCCCCACAUCAGUGAGUGCCUGAUGAAGAGGAGUCUGAAGCCGUCGGAUCUGAGAGACAUGACCCUCGGCCAGCUCCAGGUCAUCGUCAACGACCUCCACUCACAGAUCGAGAGCCUGAAUGAGGAGCUAGUGCAGCUGCUACUGAUCAGAGAUGAACUCCACAUGGAGCAGGACGCCAUGCUGGUGGACAUAGAGGACCUCACCAGGCAUGCUGAAAGCCAGCAGAAACACUUGGCAGAGAAGACCCUGUCCAAAUGAAGACUCUGCCGCGCCAUGAUAUUGCCACCAUCCGCCAUCCGCCAUCCACCUGCCCCAUCCACACUGCUGUGACCCACCUCCCAAUGUCCCACCUCUACAGUUUUAAACAUAGAUGGGGUGCAUUCAAACUGACACACACACACACACACACACACACACACACACACACACACACACACACACACACACACACACACACACACACACACACACACACACACACACACACACACACACACACACACAUACACGGCAGAGCGGCAGAGGAGACAUAAAGGCCCCCGAUCACCACUUCAACAAUACUUUGAACACAAGACCUUGCCCAUCGUUCCUCUCCCCUCCCAAGCCUGAACCACCCCACCACAUCUGAAGUAUCUAUCAUACCUGUUCCCUGUCACACCCCACACCCAACCACCACCACCACCACCACUGUUACCCCAACCAUGUCUACUCUUCCCCCACCCCCCACCACCACCACCACCACCCCAACCAUGUCUAACUCUGCCCCCACCCCAGAGCCACCCCUGCCUACCCAGCACCCCCACCACCCAACAAUGCCUAACUCUGCCCCCACCGCAGAGCCACCCUCACCUACCCACAACCACCACCACCACCCACCAAUGCCUAACUCUGGAAUAUCCCUUCAUCUCCCUCCACAUCACCAUGCCAUGAUAAGUUGAGGAGAGGGCUGCCUCCCUCUUCUAUUUGCUUCUGUGGUUGUACAAACAAAAAGACAAAAAAAGAUACAAAAAAAUGACUUGCUGAUGAUGGAGCACUUGAUGAAGACGAGAUCUUUUAAGUGUGAUUUCUUGGAUACUGUCCCUGGCUUUCUCUCUGUGCAGUGAUUGGGCCUUGCUUCUUUACAGUUCAUUUUUUUAAAAACUCUGCCACUAAAUUAUAACUGUCAAAUGCAAAACUAUGGAAAAAAAUAUUACGCUAAGCAAUUAGUAGGGAGUCGAGUCUGUUAAAAAAUAAAAAACUGAAAAAAAUAUAUAUGAACAAAAAAAACUAACUUCUGAGACUUUUUUUAAGUUGGACAGUAUUGAAAAAGUUGGUCUCUUAUUCUGCACAAAAUGGUAGUUUUCAACUGAAACUUUUCUUUGAAAGGUGCUAAAAGAGAAAAGGAUACAUGCCUGCCUUGUAGUAAAAAAAAAAAAAAGUUGUAGCUUUUGGUAAUAUGUUCACUCUAAUCGGUAUUCAACAUUUUGUGAAUGUUGAUGUUCUGACACGAGUCAUUUUAAAUGAAUAAGUGUGUUACUAUCAUUUCCAUCCUAUUGUAUUCAGAAUCUUUAUUUGAGGGAAGAAAAUGUUUAUGUACAGAUAUGUAAAAUAAAAAUAAAAACUUUGUUUCAUA